GAUGAAGUUAGGUUUAUCCUGGCAAAGGGAAGGGAGAUUAACAUCUUUUUGACCCAAGAGACAUCUGACAUGAUGAUCCUUUAUAUUUCUCAGGUCUGGGAUUUAAAUGAUGGUUCUGCUGCAUCUGUUCAGUCUCUUGCUCCUAGAGCGAGCAUUCAUCGGAUCCUGCUUAGAGUCACAAGAAAAUGAAGAGCAACCAAUUAUAGGCUCUGCCAUUCGUUGCCAGGGUUCUUGGAUAGCUGGAUUGCAUGGACGAGAUGGACGAGAUGGGAGGGAUGGACUCAAGGGAGAAAAGGGAGACCCAGGUGAAAUACCUAGCUGCUCCCAGGUACAUCCACCACAGUUUGGACCUCCAGGAAUUCCAGGUCCACCAGGACCUCCAGGCAUCCAGGGCAGGAAAGGAGAACCAGGCGGUGAAGGACCCAGAGGCAUUCCAGGAGUUCCAGGGCUACGAGGACUUCCAGGACUUCCAGGACCUCCAGGCCUAUCAGCACCUGUAGAAAAUCAAUCUCCUAUAACUAAUGAGCAACUGAAGAUCAUCUCACAAUUACAAGCACGUGUCCUUAAAUUAGAAACUGCCCUUGAAUUGUAUGGAAGUGCUGUUCAAGUGGGAAAAAAGUUUUUCGCCACCAGUGGUCUGGCUUCUGACUUCAGCACAGCCAAUAAAACUUGCUACAUGUUGGGAGGCGUUAUCGCCACUCCAAGGAAUGCGGAUGAAAAUGCGGGUAUCCUGAAGCUCGUGGUAAAGCACAACACAUACGGCUUCAUUGGUAUAAUGGAGGGGAAAAAGCCAGGGACUUUCCAUUAUCUGGAUGGGACCACUUUGCGCUACAGCAACUGGUACUCAGGGACUCCAGAUGGGCAAGGAAGCGAAAAUUGUGUGGAAAUGUACACAGAUGGUACAUGGAACGACAGAUCCUGUUCUAAAAGCCGCCUCACUCUCUGUGAGUUUUGAGCCCCAACGAGAGCUGGACAAAAGCAUGGAUAACUCAUUGAUGAACUUGGAUGAAGCAUUUAGCUCAAGAAUUUGGUGGCCCAAAGAGACUUAAAAUCUUUUCCCUCUCAGGUAGCAGUCUAUGAGGAAGAGGUAUUAAUGAAUCCUAUUUUUAGCCCAUAAAAAAUGAAAAUCAUUUUUGCUUCCCCUGCCAGAACUGCCCAUAUCUAUACCUUUUCUCUCCCUAAUCAAAUCCUACUUUUUAAAGACUUAGCUAAGAAUCUGUCUCUUUUCCCCAUGUGGCCAAACAUGAUUAUCAUUCUACAAUAAUUUCCACUUGGGAGCCUAUAUGAGUUUGUGCCCCCCAAAUUAAUAUUUACCACCUACUGCCUGAUCAAGUUACUUAAUAUUUCAAGUGGAUAUAUCCAUUUCUCUAUUUUGAGUUUAAGCUCUUGAAAGGGUAAAAAUUUGUCUUCUCCUCCCUUAGAUUGCAGAGAGCUGAGUAAACAGAAGUCACUUUGUAAAGCCUUGUGGAAUAAUUGAAUAAAAGCAAAUUCAUUUUUA